AUGCAAACUGCAGACGGGGCCCUCCACUGCAGUGCCAUCCUCCCCAUCAUCUUCGGCAUCAUCUGCUUCCUAGGUAUCAUGGGGAACUGCAUUGUCAUCUACACCAUCAUGAAGAAGACCAAGUGCCGUGCCAAGCAAACCGUUCCGGACAUCUUCAUCUUGAAUCUGUCCAUCGUCGACCUCCUGUUCCUCCUCGGGAUGCCGUUCCUCAUCCACCAGCUGCUGGGAAACGGCACCUGGCACUUCGGAGCCGCCAUGUGCACCGUCAUCACGGCACUCGACUCCAACAGCCAGAUCGUCAGCACUUACAUCCUCACUGCAAUGACCCUCGACCGUUACCUGGCUACGGUCCAUCCGAUCCGCUUCAACUACAUCCGCACGCCAUGCGUGGCCGCGCUAGUCAUCGGCCUGGUCUGGGGCCUGUCGUUGCUCACCAUCAUCCCCGUGUGGAUGUACGCAGGCCUGAUGCCUCUCUCAGAUGGCCUGGUGGCCUGCGCCCUCCUUCUGCCCGACACCGUCACUGACAUAUACUGGUUCACGCUCUACCAGUUCUUCCUGGCGUUCGCCAUACCUCUGGCCGUCAUCUGCCUGGUGUUCUUCAAGAUCCUCCAGCACAUGUCCACCAGCGUGGCGCCGCUGCCGCCGCGCAGUUUGAGGGUGCGCACCAGGAAGGUGACCCGGAUGGCAGUGGCCAUCUGCCUGGCCUUCUUCAUCUGCUGGGCCCCUUACUACAUCCUCCAGCUGGUCCACCUCGGGGUGCAGAAGCCGAGCCGAGCGUUCUCCUACGCCUACAACAUAGCCAUCAGCAUGGGAUACGCGAACAGCUGCAUCAACCCGUUCCUCUACAUCGUCCUCAGUGAGACCUUCAAGAGGCUGUUUCUCAGGGCCGUACGCCCGGUCAAUAGAAAGUUCCGCGUGAACCCGAGCACCACAGAUAACACUCACAGCGUGAGUGUGAGAAUGGUACCUGAAGGGCCUCGGCUGGAGCCGGUGUCUGGGGAAAUGAUGCCAUCCAACAUGGCCCCCCAGUGA